UCAGUAGAGCUAGGGUUUCAUUUUGAGAGUGUUCGCUAAUUUUGUUGGGAGAAUCAAGCUGACUGCUGGGCGAAGGGCGUUUUCCACUACUCCUGGGCCUGACAGGCCCAAGCGUUGGCGAAUAAGGCUUACGUAACUAGUUACCUUCGUCGGCUUAGGUCGAUAUGGACCGUCGUGCUUAGCUGCUAUCUCCUCUUUGUAUUCGAGGAGGAUGGCAUCACGUGGGAAACAGAAGAUGUCUUAACGGUUGUCUGUGGGGUGGUGCUGCUGUGUGCGCGCAGCGUGCUGUUGCAGCUGCUGUCCAGGAAUCUCACCAUGGCUGCAAUGGCGGGUUUCACGGCGGGUUUCGCGGGUCUCUCGUGCUGCAUCCAGCAGUUAUCGGUGGAGGAAGGAGUGUCGUUGUCGUCGGAAGUGGCGUGUGGUCCCAAAUUGUUCAAAUCGUUCAAGUCGUUCAAGCUGAAGGGAGUUGCAUCUUCUAACGCUCCUCGACUUAAAGCGUUCUCGUCGAGGGCUCCUCGCGUCCACCUCUCCCACCGCAAGGAGGGAGAGGCCGCCAAGAUGGGUCUACGCGCGUCAGCGAUGAGAAAGGGAGCGCGGGGGAGUGCACGUGUAUCAUACGGCAGUGACAUCAAUGAAGACGGGGGAAUUAAUGGAUUUAAUAAAAAUAGGUGUUCCAGCAAUGAUUUCUGGACCAAUAUCUGUCAGGCAAGGGCGUUCUUAUGCUCCUCGCUGAACAGCAGAGCUGCCUUUGAACCCUGUGGCCCUGUGCGGGCUUCUGAGGCGGUUUCGCUGGCCGGCGAAGUGCGAAACUUUGACAGCCAGGUUACCAGCGGCCUUGAUUUCGCAGGCUCGGAGGAGUCGGCGAAGGGUGCGGUUGCCGCCCGGCAGCUCAUGUGGCUGCCUGGGUGGCUUAACUUGUCGGCGGAGGAGCUCAAAGCGGUGUUCGCGACAUUCGCGAUGUCGCUGAUUUUUCGCUUUGUCGCCGAGCUGCGGUUCAUUCCUUCGCUCUCCAUGUACCCCACGCUUGACGUGGGGGACCGAAUCGUCGCAGAAAAGGUUUCCUACUAUUUCAGGAAGCCGGAGGUCGACGAUGUCGUCAUUUUCAAGGCUCCCAAGGCCCUGAAGAAGCAUGGCUACAGUGAGGAAGAGGUGUUUGUGAAGCGAAUUGUCGCUACUGAAGGAGACUUGGUGGAGGUGAAGUCUGGCAGGCUGUUUGUGAACGGAGUGGAGAAGGAUGAGGAUUACAUUCUGGAGCAGCCUACUUACAACAUGGAGACCCAGUACAUUCCAUCUGGCCACGUCUUUGUUAUGGGCGACAAUCGCAACAACAGCUUUGAUUCUCACACAUGGGGGCCGUUGGCUGUCAAGAAUAUUGUUGCUAGGUCUGUGUUUAUUUACUGAAUGGAAGUCUUUUAUGCAAUGAAUGGUUUUAUUUCUAUGGUGUGUUCUGUAAUUAUUUGUGGUUGCCAACAUUGGCAGUUUCUAGGUUGGUGAUUCAUUGUAUAAUUAUCACCAUGGGAGUGAAUGGUAAAUAUGAAUGGUUGUUGCCAGCGAGUUUCAAAAAGUAGGGAUCUACAGCUCGUUAGAGGAGGGUAGCAUAAGGUAACGUGGUGUCCAAUGCAGUGGGUGGUUAGAAUUGGUACAUUUUUGUUAUGCACUAUACUCACUAGU